AUGGAUCCAAAGAAACCUUUAAAGUCAGAAGAAGCUUGGAAAAAACUCACUGAGUUUUAUGAGACCAAGGGAAAAACCUUGAACAUGUUGGAAAUGUUCAACUCUGAUUCAAAACGGUUCAAUCACUUCAAUCUUCAACUGAACACACCUGAGGAUGGGCCAAUAUUGUUGGAUUAUUCCAAGAAUCGUAUCAACAAGGAGGCACUGGACCUUCUCCUUCAACUUGCAAAGGAAAGAAAGGUGGAAGCAGCUAGGGAUGCUAUGUUUUCAGGUGAAAGGAUCAAUUUCACUGAAGAUCGGGCUGUGCUCCACAUAGCCUUGCGAAAUCGAAGCAACAAAUCUAUCAAUGUUGAUGGAUCUGAUGUCAUGCCACAUGUCAAUGGAGUCCUCAGCCACAUGAAAAGCUUUUGUGAUGAUGUCAUUAAUGGGCAAUGGAAGGGAUAUACUGGGAAAAAAGUGACAGAUGUUGUCAACAUUGGGAUUGGAGGAUCUGAUCUUGGUCCAUUGAUGGUUACUGAAGCCUUGAAGCAUUUUGCCAUUGGGCCCCGAGUCCACUUUGUUUCUAACAUUGAUGGGACACAUCUUGUGGAGACACUGAAGAAGCUCCAUCCUGACACAACUCUGUUCAUUAUUGCAUCCAAGACCUUCACCACACAGGAGACUAUCACAAAUGCAACAUCUGCAAAGAAGUGGUUCCUGAAUUCUGCUGGUGAUGCCAGUCAUGUGGCAAAGCAUUUUGUUGCUCUCUCUACAAAUGGUCCAAAGGUGAAGGACUUUGGUAUUGAUGAGAAAAAUAUGUUUGAGUUCUGGGAUUGGGUUGGUGGCCGCUACUCUCUUUGGUCUGCCAUUGGCCUCUCCAUUGCCCUGAACAUUGGAUUUGAUAACUUUGCAAAACUUCUUGAUGGUGCACAUUUCAUGGAUGAACAUUUUAAGUCUGCUCCUUUGGAAGAAAAUGCCCCUAUACUUCUAGCUCUGCUUGGCAUUUGGUACCAUAACUUCUUUGGAGCAGAGAGCCAUGCCCUGCUCCCUUAUGAUCAAUAUUUGCAUCGAUUUGCAGCAUACUUCCAACAAGGUGACAUGGAAUCCAAUGGAAAAUAUGUAACUAAAUCUGGAUCCCAAGUUGACUAUGCAACUGGUCCCAUUGUUUGGGGAGAACCAGGUACUAACGGACAGCAUGCAUUCUAUCAACUGAUCCAUCAGGGCACUCGCCUCAUUCCAGCUGACUUCAUUGCUCCUGUGGAAUCUCAUAAUCCACUGAGAGAGAAUCUUCAUCACAAGAUCUUAUUAGCCAAUUUCUUGGCUCAGACCGAAGCUUUAAUGAAAGGAAAGACUGCCGAUGAAGCACGCAAGGAAUUGGAAACAGCUGGGUUGAGUGGUGAGAAAUUGGUGAAGAUCCUCCCUCACAAGGUCUUCUUGGGGAAUCGACCCACUAAUUCCAUCAUGGUCAAGAAGCUGACACCUUUCACUCUUGGAUCAUUGAUAGCCUUGUAUGAACACAAGAUUUUUACACAAGGGGUCAUCUGGGACAUAAAUUCAUUUGAUCAAUGGGGUGUUGAGCUGGGAAAGCAGUUGGCAAAAGCAAUUGAACCAGAGCUCAAUGAUCGCAAUCCAGUUGAUUCUCAUGAUUCAUCAACAAAUGGUUUGAUCAACUUCAUCAAGAAGUAUUUCUAA